UUCAGGCCAUAUCUGGAUUCCUCCUAUAUGGGACGCAAGCGUCGUACGGAAGCGUGUAAUGAUGAUGGAAACAGAAUGCACAACGAGGAGGAAAGAAGGAGCACUUUCUACUGGCCACUAAACGCUUCAGAUAGAUCUGCUGAGUUGGUGCGUGCAGGUUUUUACUUCCUGGGGCCAGGAGAUAUGGUGCGCUGCUUUCGCUUUAACAGAGCACUGAGGCACUGGGCACACGAGGACAGUCCACCUGGCGAGAACCAGCGCCACUUUCUUGUGUGCGAGUUCGUUUCGAGGAGGGACACGAGCUGUGAUCCGAGCGUCCGCGCCUCGUCGGAUUCGGUGGAUGGCCAGCUGUUGAGCCAGCUGCAGCGCCUGGCUGCGAGUGAGCAGGUGACAACGGGGCAAGCUGCUUAUCCAGAGAUGGAGCCCGAGGACAUGCGCCUGACCACGUUCAGCUCCUGGCCCUCAAGCUCUUCCAUCCAACCGGACACACUGGCGCGCGCUGGCUUCUUUUACACAGGUCAUAGUGAUAAUGUGAAGUGUUUCUUCUGUGACGGUAGUUUGAGGAACUGGGAGCCAGGAGAUGAUCCGUGGCAGGAGCAUGCCAAGUGGUUCCCACGAUGUGAGUUUUUGAUCCAGUCAAGAGGACGAGAGUACAUCAGCAAUGUACAUCAGCAGUCAUUCUUCAACACUUCAGAGCUUGUAAGUGAAUCACAGAUUUCAACUGAAAGAAAUAUUACCACUGGACAUGAUGUUCUGAGUGGGCAGAAUGUGCCAACAACAACCAUGUUCUCACCAGUGGUGCAGGCAGUGCUACAGAUGGGUUUUGACCCAGCUCUAGUUGAGAGCCUGGUUCAGUCUCACUUCCUGCUCACCGGCCACCAUUAUAUUUCUGUCUCCGACUUGGUGGCUGAUGUCCUGCAGGCUGAAGAAGAGGGAAGGCAGGGCAGUGAUAAUAACACAGAUCCUGGGGUGAGGCAGAGCAGCAGUUCCAGUGGAAUGAAACAGCAAACCUCAUUGGGGGAAAAAGUUUUGGUGACCCUGAGUGCUGAGGAACAGCUGAAACAACUACAAGAGGAACGAACCUGCAAAGUAUGUAUGGACAAAUUGGUGUCCAUGGUGUUUAUUCCCUGUGGUCACCUGGUUGUAUGUUCUGAGUGUGCAGCCAGCCUGCGAAACUGCCCCAUCUGUAGAGCAGUGAUACGUGGCAGUGUGCGUGCCUUCAUGUCCUGAGGACACUGCCGACACCUGCACAACUGAAAGACAGUACUGAAAAGCUCCUCUAAAAACCUAUUUAUCUUUGAAGUAUUUAAAGCUACCAUUUAGAACACAGCCUCCCAACCCUAGUCCUAGAGUACCCCCUACCCCAUUUUAUUAUUUUCCUGCUCCCGAAACACAUGAUUCAACUAGAAAGAUAAUUACUAGCCCUUUCUGAAGUGGGUAAGUCAUAAUAAGGAAAAGUACACAUAAGGGGCACUUGAGAUUCGUGUUUGGAAUCCUGUGAUGUAGAGAACAAAAUGCUGAAAUGAUCAAAUUAAAUGGAAUCAGACUGAAGCUGCUUUCUUUUCUUUUUUAAAUAUUAAUUGAU